GAACCGGCCGUCCUGGCGUCCCCGACUGCGCAGCCUCCUCCUGAGCCUGCUCUUCAUCUACAUCUCUGUGCCCUUCCUCAUCCGCCUCUUCCCCGACCUGCUGCUCACCAAAUUCAUCUUCCUGAACUUCCUGGCCUUUCCCUUCUUUGUGGACCUCCGGCGGCCGGAGCUGCUGCUGAACAACACUGUCAGCCUGUACCUUGCCACGGAGCCAGGCGUCACGGUUGGCAUCUGGCACACGGUGCCGGGCAGCAGAGGGGCCGAGGCGCAGGGCAAGGACCAGCGCUGGUACGAGGAUGCGCUCGCCGAUGCUCACCCUGUGAUCAUCUACCUGCAUGGCAACGGGGGGACCAGGGCUGCGAGCCACCGUGUCCAGUUCUUAAAGGUGAUGGGGGCUGCUGACUUCCACAUCCUGGCUCUCGACUACAGAGGCUACGGGGACUCCAGCGGGCACCCCUCGGAGAGCGGCUUCACCACAGACGUCCUGGCACUCUACGACUGGGCCAAAGCACGGAGUGGGAACAGCAGUGUCCUCUUCUGGGGGCACUCCUUGGGGACGGGGAUUGCCACGAACGUAGCAAGGAAGCUGCAGGAGGAGCGAGGGGUCCAGGUCGAUGCUGUGGUCCUGGAGGCGUCCUACACCAACGUCCGCGACGCGGCCGCCAACAUCCCCAUCACCAAGAUCUACCGCCAGUUCCCAGGUUUUGAGUAUCUCAUUCUGGACUCGCUAGCCCUGGGCAACAUGUUCUUCCGCAGCGAUGAGAACGUGAAGGUGCUGGCGUGCCCGCUCCUCAUCCUGCACGCAGAAGAUGAUGCUGUGCUGCCUCUGCACCUGGGCCGCAAGCUCUUUGAGACGGCGCGCAGCGCCUACAAGGACAAAACCAAGGUGAAGUUCAUUACCUUUCCUGAAAAGCUGGGCCUGGGCCACGACUACAUCUCGUUCAAUCCGGAGCUGCCCGCCCUGGUGAAAGACUUCUUGAACAUUAAGUGA